AUGUCAAUGAAUCGAUCAUUCAAAGUUUCAAACCAGUCUCUAAAUACCAAAGUCGUCUCAACUGUGCACACUAAAGUGACGCCCAAUAAUGAUGUUAUUGAAGAACAAAAAGAACAAAUUAUUGGUACCAAUUCUGCCUCGCCAUAUCUCGGGGAGGAUGCAGAUGGUUCCUUGCAAAGCAACAAGAGAACUGGAAUUAAUUUGGGACUUACUGUCUAUGGCACUGAAUUACCUGAGACGGAGAUAUGCUCACGAGCCUCUUCAUCGAUGCAGGAAACUCUCAAUCAAGACCCAAUUCUGCCGAAUAUGGCUAAGAAUUCAUCUUUAAAUAGCCCAUCAAUAACACCCACGAGACACUCUGAAUCAGAUCAACAAGAUCAUGGGUUGUCGCAUGAUCUUCGUCUUUUGGCUUCCAAAGAAAUGGAGAUCUUAGAGAUAAACCAGCAAAUGAAAGCACUUUCCCACAGAAAAAAGGAUCUAGAAAUCGAGAUUCAGGAACUAAAGAUAGGUAUUGAAAAGGCACUCACAACAAAUUUUGGAUCUGGUCAACCACAGAGGAGUAAUCAUGGGAUAUUCGAAAAGCACGUUCCAAAAUCCCCGAAUAGUCUUCAAAGACGACGGCUACAAACUACAGGUGUUUUUGGUGACCCGCUUCUAAAUUCGAAUUCCUCAGACAAAGUAGAUGACGAUCUGAGGGACGACUUCGGCAGAUCAUGGUUUGCCAAACCUCUUACACUGUUCCAACAAAUUGAUUCGCUGAUUUACCAAGAAUUUGAGAAACUGCACAUAGGUCCAGCGUUCAUGAACUCUUCGCUUCCUGGUUCGGAGCGCAAAAGUGACCACCUUGAUAAUUCAGAGGGACUAUUAUGUUCAUCUUCCUUUGAUGAAGGAAAUCAAGAAAAGGACACCUCCUUACAGAAGGGCACUGAAAAGUGCCAGAAUGAUCAAGAAUUCCAUAACUCAAGUGACAUAGUUCAGUCAGUGUCCAGCAAGUUAUGGAAUUUUGUAAACGAGGUUAAGCACAAUCUUGCGGUGGAUGAGGAAUCCGAAACCUCAACCCCCUCAUCUUCACCAAAAAAGCCACGAACACCAUCUUUUUCUAAACGUCGGUCCUACGGAUUACAUGGUAAACAAACGAGACGAAGCUCCAAUCUUGAUGACAAAAGCCGAGGAACAAAGGUAGAUGGCCUUGAGUGCUCUGAUAGCAGUGUACUCAAAAGUAAGGAUACUGAGGGAGUGGAAUUAAGGAAUCAAAAGUAG